CCCCUUUCUCUUCUUCUCUUAUCAGAAGCCCCCGCGUCUCUAUCUUCCACAAUCGAAACGUCGAAAAGCAGCGGUUUCAUCCAGAAACACGAGGACCACACCCCACUCUGCGCCACCCCAGAAACAAACCACACCACGUUACCCGCCUUUACUCUAUAUUUUGUAUCGAACAUACACACUUCUCUAUAUGAGACCCUCUUCCACCAGCAAAGGCUAGCUUCAUUUGUCAAUCUCUCUCUCUAUCAUGGCCUGCGUGACCGACGAGAGCUGGGUCGCGCUGCCCAAAAUGCUUUCUGAGCGUUUGUCGCUGAGGGAGGAAGAGGAGGUGGAGGAGGAGCCCGGGUUUUUCGACUCCGAGUCCGCCGCGUACAGGUUGGAAAAGGUUUUUCCAGUGUACGCAUUGGGGAUUCCGAAACCCGAACCCGACCCGGUUGUUGUCGCUGACAGUUCGGGCGACCCGAUUUGGGACGCCGUCAGGGAAGAGGCCAAGUUGGAGGCAGAGAAGGAGCCAAUUUUGAGUAGCUUCUUGUAUGCGAGCAUCUUGGCGCAUGAAUGUUUAGAGCAGGCGUUGGCGUUUGUUAUUGCAAAUAGAUUGCAAAACGCGACGCUGCUGGCUACUCAGUUGAUGGAUAUAUUCUCUGAUGUAAUGAUGCAUGACAGAGACAUUCAGCGAUCUGUUCGGCUAGACGUGCAGGCGUUUAAGGAACGGGAUCCAGCUUGUUUGUCUUACUGUUCGGCUCUGUUGUAUCUCAAGGGUUACCAUGCUCUGCAAGUAUAUCGAGUAGCUCAUUCACUGUGGACUCGGGGACGCAAAGUAUUGGCCCUGGCUUUACAAAGCCGAGUUAGUGAGGUGUUUGGAGUGGACAUUCACCCUGCUUCAAACAUUGGAGAGGGAGUAUUGUUGGAUCAUGGCACUGGUGUUGUUAUUGGUGAAACUGCUGUUAUAGGAAACAGAGUUUCACUGAUGCAGGGUGUAACUUUGGGGGGAACUGGUAAAGAAAUUGGUGACCGUCAUCCAAAAAUAGGUGAAGGUGCACUGAUAGGAGCCAGUGCAACUAUACUUGGGAAUAUAAAAAUAGGUCGAGGAGCAAUGAUAGCUGCUUGUUCCCUUGUGCUUAAAGAUGUCCCUCCACACAGCAUGGUGGCAGGAAUACCAUCAAAGGUGAUUGGAUAUGUAGACGAAAAAGAUCCUUCACUAACCAUGAAGCAUGAUGCUACCAAAGAAUUUUUUGAAAAUGUAGCUGUUAAUUUCAGAGAUGCAAGAUCUUCUGGAGGGCCUGCUCCAGAGAAUAGUGAUGGGAGCACUUGAGAGACUUAGGUAGGGUAGAUCUCCACUGCUAAAAUUGCUAAUAUGAUGGCAAUUUGUGGUCUUUGGAGCGGAAAAUGACAUGCUGUAUCACAGCUUGUAUCUUAGAAUUUCAUUAACCAUUUUCACUCUUCUGCUAUCUUUGCUGAUGGUGAGGUCCUCAUACCAGUAAACGGGAGAUUUUUAACUAAGCUCCUGAUAUUCUUCUCUGUUUCCCGCCAUAUUAUUGUCAUGGUGAGAUGAUGAAGUAGCCGUGUUGCAGAAAGAUCGACCCCAGAUCAGAUGAAAAGAUGAAGCUUUUACCUGUUGUGCUCUUGUAAUAUAGCCUUGCUAUAUUGAAUGUAUCAGGAAACAUUGAUAUCCAAGAAGCAACAGUAGCUCAUUUUAGUUGAACUAUUGGUGGGUGAUCAAUUUACUCUUUAUCAGCUUUACUGC